AGUGGCCGGUGGUCGUACUGCAGCUGCAAUGGACUCCUAUUGAGGCACGCUAACAUGAACAUGAACAUGAACAUGAACAUAACAUGACUCCUUCAUGAACCGCCACAAAGCUGACACCCGCCACUCUUUCCGUGCUAUUAAGUCUUCUCCCGGAAGGACUGCCGCUCAACUUAGGGGUGUUGAGCGUCUUCGCCAGAUUUGAAGAACUACUGACCACAGAAGCGUUGGCCAGGAGGAGACAACACCAAAGAGGAUGGCAUCACCGUUUGUGCCUGUCCCCGUGCCUUUGGACAGAGCCUCAUCAGGUGGCACCAGGAAGGUGAGACGGACCCAGCGAGCGUCUUCACUGGGGAGUGUCUCGUCCACACUGACCACGUCCACCAAUGGGAGUUCCCCUCGCCUGUCCAAUGGCGUGGACCGAGGCCGCCAAAGCCUGACGCCGCCGCCUCUCCGUAGCCCCGUCUUGCAGGCCAGGGUGAACGGAACUCUUGAGUCCUUUGGGUGUCCAGGUUGCCCUCGCUCCGUGUCAGACCCUGUCUGGAGCCAGCAGGGAGGAGAGCAGAGGCCCAUCACUCCCACCGUGCUUGGGUAUGAGGUCAUGGAGGAGAGGGCAAAGUUCACGGUCUAUAAGGUCCUGGUAAGGAAGACACCAGAGGAGAGCUGGGUAGUUUUCAGAAGGUACACUGAUUUCUCCAGACUCAACGACAAGUUGAAGGAGAUGUUCCCAGGAUUCCGACUUUCAUUGCCUCCAAAGCGCUGGUUCAAAGACAACUACAACGACAACUUCCUGGAAGAUAGACAGUUGGGACUGCAGACCUUUCUGCAAAACCUGGUUGCACACAAAGACAUUGCCAACUGCCAGGCAGUCAGGGAGUUUUUAUGUCUGGAUGAGCCACCAGGACCCUUCGACAGUUUGGAAGAAAGCAGGGCUUUCUGCGAGACUCUGGAAGAAAGCAACUACCGUCUACAGAAAGAACUUCUGGAGAAGCAAAAAGAGAUCGCCUCACUCAGGCGGAGUCUUGUGGAGAAAGAGCAAGCCAUUCUGCUCCUGGAAAAACACAUCAAUGGUGAGGGUGUGGGCUCACGGUCUUCUGCUCAGGGCGUCGACGUGGAGUCACCUGCUGCAAAAGGUGAUCAGGACGUCCCCAACAACAGCGGCGAGUCACGCGAGGUCCACUUGGCAAGAACCUCUGCCUGUUGGUGUGGACCUCCACCCAGCGCCUCUCCCCCCGUCAUCCACGUCACCCAGCUGACGGAGCCUUGAAACCACCACAGGUCUUCUGCUCCCAUUCUAUUCCAGCCUGCAGCUUUCCUUUCCCUGCCUGGAUCUGUCCUGCUCCUCCCUUCAUGCAGAUAGCACCUUUGGAUCUGUCCUGCUCCUCCCUUCAUGCAGAUAGCACCUUUGGAUCUGUCCUGCUCCUCCCUUCAUGCAGAUAGCACCUUUGGAUCUGUCCUGCUCCUCCCUUCAUGCAGAUAGCACCUUUCUCCUACGUGCUGCUGUUGAUAGCACUUUUCUUUCUAGGCUGUCAAAGUAGUUUUAUGAAAAUGGUUCUGCCACAGACGGUUCCACUUAUUCCUCUAUGGUUUCCAUACGGCUCACAGGAUAUUAGAUGUUAUCUACUGCGGAGAUCUUUUUACAGAUCUGGAAUCACUGAACGCAAGACACGACCUAAACUCCUUCUCUUGAAAAGACUGACUUUGGCUUCUUGCCUAAAAAAUGACACUACUGUCAGUUUAUAGAAUCAUCCCAAGAAGGUCCUUCUGUCAAAGUGUGUAGAUGACAACACCAGAAGGUCCUUCUGUCAAAGUGUGUAGAUGACAACACCAGAAGGUCCUUCUGUCAAAGUAUGUAGAUGACAACACUAGAAGGUCCUUCUGUCAAAGUAUGUAGAUGACAACACUAGAAGGUCCUUCUGUCAAAGUGUGUAGAUGACAACACUAGAAGGUCCU